UUUUGGCGCGACCAUUUUAGCGGCACCGUCCGGUCCUCCCCUCUAUAUAAGGUAGGACCGACCUCCUGCGCCGGAGCAGCCGCCGAAUAUCCGGCGAUCUCAGUCAGUCCGAUGUCUUCUCGCCGCCCGAUCUCCAUGAUCGCCACCGAUUCGGGUGUGUCUCCUGCUUCCCGUGUGGUCUCUCGCCUUCCGACCUCUACAGUUUCUUCUUCCUCUCUUUUUAACUAGGGUUUCAUGAUCCCAUCGGUUUGCCCUCGGCCCCAAAUCCCAGAGCCUGCUUCUAGCUAGGAUAGAGGUAUUCGGUGCUCACAGGUGCGAUCUCCUGGGGGGCCUAAUUGUUCCAUAGGCGCAACUCCUGCGUCCCGGCGAAUUACCGGUUGUUUCGUCGUCAGUCGGGCUUUGGUGGUAUCAUCUUCAAAAAUAGUAGUGCAGUUGAAAUGCUGGUCCUGAGAAUACCUAGUUGAGCAUGAUAGAUUUUUUUAGCUAGGUUACCUUUAUGCGGUUCAGGGGAUCUAGUGGGUGAUGAAGUAUGUGUUACUGAUAAGUAGCAGCAAUGGCAUCUGGUGGUCGGUUUGAUCCAGCUUCUGGUAGUCCAGAAGGCUCAACUCUCCCUACUAGCUACUCCAAUGGGCAGCGUAGUUCAUUUGCUGCCGGAUCAUUGGACAGGUCAAGCAGCUUUCGCGAGGGCAGCGACAGUCGCAUAACGGGCUCUGGUUCCUCAAUAUCAAGAGGGGAUGCAUCCCCAUAUGUUGAUUUACCAUCACUUAGCCAGUGGAUGAACCUUGACUCGAUAUCCAUGGGUGACCAGAAGUUCACAAGAUUGGGGGAGUUGAAGAAAGCCUUAAAUAUUUCAUCAAUCAUGUUAACGGAAGAUGGUUCCUUCGGGACUGCUUUGCACUCGAAGCCUCUUUCUCCGCCAAUGUUAGAAGACUUGAAGCGUUUGAAGUCUAGCAUUAUUGAGAGCUCCGCACGAGCAAAGGACAGAGCAAAAUAUUUGGUUGAAUCCAUAUCAAAGUUGGAAAAAUAUAGGCAUGCUCUUUUGUCUCGGAAACGACCAAGGAAUGAGGGACUUCCAACUGAAAGAUCUAGUGGUUUGCUCUCUGCAGAUCGUUCUGUUUCAGGAACAAAUUCAAUGAAGAUGGGGCCACAGGCACACCAAUUGAUGAGCCCCAUGGACCUUAUAUCACCCCGAGCUGAUGAUAGGACCAAGAAUAUGAUACCAAACAGGCGAAUUCGCACAUCUCUGGUGGAAGUACGGUCUGAGGGACGCACAAGUACAUUAACUCGACCAUCUGGACUUCCUGAAAAGGAUAGAGAACUUUUGAGGACUACAAGUGGACUGUCAAUUCAGUCUGACGAAAAAGCUCGUGUUUUGGCACCUGGGGGUGAGAGCUGGGACAAGAAGAUGAAGAGGAAACGGUCUGUAGGUGUGGCAGUUAAUAGGCCUUUAGAUGGUGAUCAUGAUCAUAAGCGUGGUAUGCAACAAAGAGCUGGCAAUGAAAGUCGCUCCCGAUCAAUUGACAGCCAUGGUUUUAGAUCAGGUUAUGCCAAUUCAAUUGUUGGAGGUGCUGCUCAGUCUAGUGGAUUAAAUGUCCGCCCUAUAGCAAGAACAGAUGCAGACAGUGUUUCUCUUGAUAGAAGGGAUCGGCUUAUUGGAUCAGAUAAAGAGAAGGCCACCAUGAAAGGAAUUGCCAAGCAAAAUGUCCGUGAGGGAAAUUUGUCAGGAAGUCCCACUCCAGUUGGAAAAUUAAAGGCCUCCAGAGCACCACGUACUGGAUCUAGUGUGAUGUUUAAUGCAACUGCUAACUUUGCACGAGCAGCUGGAGCUCUUGAGGGAUGUGAGCAGCCUUUAAGCUUGAACAAAACACAGGGAAUAGGUGGAGCUAACAACAACCGCAAACGUCCUCUGUCUACUCGGGCAUCUUCACCUAGGUCAUCUUCUCCGCCCGUUGCUAAGUGGGUUGGUCAACGACCUCAAAAGAUUUCACGUGUUGCUAGAAGAACAAAUUUAGUUCCUCCUGUUCCAAACAGCGAUGAAUCUCAGCUAGACGCAUUCACCAGCUCUGAUACUGGGGCUAGAUUGAUUUCUGGAGAGGCUAAUGGCUCUGGCCCUUUAAGGCGUAUUUCGAGUGCUUCUCCACAGUUCAAGCUCAAAGCUGAAAGUGUUCUAUCUCCAGCUGGAUUCUCAGAGAGUGAAGACUCUGGUGUUCUUGAUAAGUCAAAAGAGAAGGGAAAGAUUAGUGAAGCAGAGGAUAGGGCUGUAAGUUCAGUUCAAAAGGCUGCUAGCUUUGUUGUGCCCUCAAAGAAGAAGUCUCUUAUGAAGGAAGAAACUGGAGAUGGAGUUAGGAGACAAGGACGGACUGGAAGAGGUUCUGCUAUGUCUAGGAGCUGCUUGCCUCAUUCUAGAGAAAAAGUGGACAUAUCGACCAUUCCCAAGCACAGAAAGCUUGUCACAGAUAAGAUUGAAAGUAAGUCUGGCCGCCCACCUACAAAAAAGUUCUCUGAUCGAAAGGCAUCUGGUCGGCCUGGACAUGUAAAUGCUUCCCUAGUUCUUACUGGUGAAGCAGAUGAUGAUCGUGAAGAACUUGUGGCAGCUGUUAGUCUUGCUCAGGAAGCCAGCAAUCAUGCUUGUUCAAGCACUUUUUGGCGUCAAAUUGAACCAGUGUUUGCUUUUGUCACGCCAGAUGAUUUGACCUGCUUACAGGAGCAGCAGAAGAGGCUUGCAGAGGGGUUGGAGAACAGCUUAUGCUUCCAAUAUGGUGUUCAUCAGAACAAAAAGGAUAUAUCUUUUAGUGAAACUUUCAUAUCCUCACCUGGCCAUUUGUUUGAGGGGAAACAAGCAACUCUGAUAACAGAAGCAGCGCAGAAUGAGUCUGCUAAGACUGGGAGUUGUGUUGAUGAAUCACAUGUUGUGGAUACUGGGGAACUAGGAACUGACAGAUGGCUUGAGAGGAUUAUACCUCUUUCGCAGAGGCUUCUUGCUGCUCUGAUUGUUGAAGAUGAAGUCAGUGAAAUUAGUUGUGCUGGUGGAACAGAAAGAGAGGUUUAUCAAUACCCAAGUGAUGAUUCUCCUCGUGGUGCUUGUAGUCAUACUGGUAAUGAAUCUAAGGACAUGGACAGGACCGAGUCUGAAAUUGAAUCAAUGGGGGAACUUAAGAACCAUAUGUAUCAUUCCUUUGAUAACUUCUCUUCUGAUGGAAGUAUUAUUUCAAAUGGUUUUAAAAACCCGGAGAAGGGGUUACCAUAUAAGGAGGAACUUGCAUUGGAUGACGGUGCCAUCCUGAACUCGUAUAACAGUGAGCACCAUGGAGCUGACAGAUCAGAUUUGAGUGACUCGACCAUUUCUGGCAUUAGUUCAAUUGAUUGUUGUUAUCAGCAGAUGCCACUUGAUGACAGAAUACUUUUGGAGCUUCGAAGUAUUGGGUUAUUCCCAGAAGUGGUGCCUAAUUUAUCACAGGGAGAAGAUGAUGAAAUUAGCAGAGAUAUCUCCAAUCUCAAGGAGGGAUUGUUUCAACAGGUGAAGAAAAAGAAAAGUCAUCUCUGCAAGCUGGAGAAGGUUGUUCUGCAAGAAAGGGAGCUUCAAGAAAGGAGCCUUGAACGUUUGGCGCUGAACAAACUUGUGGAAAUAGCAUACAAGAAACUUAUGGCUUGUCAAGGUAAUAAUAAAAGUGGUGGCAGUAAAAUUUCAAAGCAAGCUGAAGCUGCCCAAGCAUUUGCUAAACGGACAUUGGCCAGGUGUAGUAAGUAUGAAGAGGCAGGUGCAAGCUGCUUUCGUGAGCAUCUCCGCAAAGAUGAUCUUUCUGGUCCCACCUGCAGCAAUGAUACAAAGUGUAUUGAUGCUAGUAAAGGAGAGCACAAUGUAAAACUACACCCUGAGGCUUUUACCAGUCAGAAUCAAGCCAAUGCAACAGCCAUUUUGGCUUCUAGACCUGCCGUAAAUCCAGUUGAGCAGUGUGGACAGCAUAUAAGUAGCCUUAAAAGGGAUUUGGCUGGUGCAUUUCAGCCUCAUGCUCAUUCAUCAGACCAAAGUACUAUGAAAGAUGAAAUAUGGUCUGGCAGGGGGAAAAAGAGGGAAUUGUUGCUUGAUGAUGUUGUAAGCAAUGCAGCAAAAGGUGCAUCGAACCUUGGCAGUGGCAUUUUGGGUGGAACAAAAGGGAAAAGAAGUGAGAGGGAUAGGGAUCACAGCAGAGAAGGAGUAAGAAACUCUGCACCAAAAGCUGGUCGGCCAACUGCUGGCACUGUCAGGGGUGAGCGUAAAACUAAGACAAAGCCUAGACAAAAGACAGCUCAAUUGUCAACUUCCGUCAAUGGUCUUCUUAGUAGGCAGGGGGCACAUAGUUCCAUGUUGAGUUCAAUAAGCGUAUCCAGUGAAACAGCUGUAAAUGGGAGCACAAAAGUAAAAGAAGUUCUACCUGAUGACAGUGUUUCUGCACCUGAUCCUCUUGACCCUGAGGGACCUAUUGACCUCACACAUUUGCCUUUACCUGGAAUGGAACAACUGGGUGUUUCUGAUGACCUUGACCAAGGUCUAGAUCCGGACACUUGGUGGAGCUUUCCCGAUGAUGGCAUGCAAGACCAUGACCAACAUCUUGUGGGUCUUUCUGUUCCCAUGGAUGAUCUCUCAGACGUGAAGAUGAUUCCUUGAUCUCUCAGACGUGAAGAUGAUUCCUGUACAUUCUCUUGCAGUGUUCUUAGGUUCUAUAAAGAAUUUGAUGCUGCUCUUGUGGCUUAACCACCUGGUCAAGUUACCUGUCUUGUUAGCUUUUGUAAUUAGCAUAAAAGCCAUUCUUUUGUAUACCUUCUUUAGAUAAGAGCGUCACAGAGCAUGCUAGUUGUGAUCUAGAUUAUUGUCUUAUUUCCAACCAAUUGAAAUCAAGCCCCAGCUGAGAAGUUUGCUUCUUCAACCAGUCUCGGAUAGUUUUUUUUUUUAGUUAAUUUUUUGAGUCAAUUCUCCCUGUUUGUAUCUUUUCUUUUUUCUUCACUCCUUGUACAUUUAUUUCUCCUAAUAACAUGAAAUCCUGUUCUCCUUGUUUCUUAAAAUUUUAUUUUAUAUUUUUCCA